AUGAGUACCCGUCCAGAAUCAUUUGAUAGGCCUGCAACCACAUCGCCGACUGACUCGGCAAAUCUGGGAGCUCAACUGAGUGAAGUUCUAAACCAAUUUAAUGAGCUGAGCGUUGAAAUGAUGGCCCAACGGCGCGUAAUUGAUCAAUUGGUAGCUGGUGGUGCUAGCGGUGAACAACAUGAGCCCUUACCUCCUGGCCAAUCUAAACCUCAACCCAUAUUUUUACCUUAUACUCAAACCUCUGUUCCUUCACCAUUCAUAAGCCCCCCUGAGGAAGCCUUUACUUAUCCCACUCAUGGCCCACAGCCUACUUACGUAUCUCACAUCCAAAUUAACCCUUCUCAUGCCCAAAUUCCCCAGAAUUAUCCGCCAAUCACUAUGAGCAUGCCAUUUGAACCUCAAGGACUACAUUAUUACUCCACCACUGAGCCAUUCACCUUAGAUACCGCCGCCCAAGGAAAGGCUGAAGCUGGGGAGUCAUCCGCACCGGUUGAUAAGAAUUUGCUAAAAAGAUUGGAUCGGUUUGAGGAGUUCAUAAGGAAAAACCAAGGUCUGAGCAAACAAGGAGGUCUAGACUACAACGAUCUGUGCCUAUUUCCGGAUAUGCAAUUGCCAAUGGGUUUCAAAGCGCCCAAAUUUAGCAAGUACAAUGGAACUGGCAAUCCCAAAACACACCUUCGGAUGUUCGCAAACAAACUUGGAAAGCCGAUAGAUGAUGAGAAUUUACCUGUACGUUUAUUUCCCGAGAGCCUAGAAGGCGACGCGUUGGAUUGGUAUUCCAAUUUGAAGCCUGAGGAUAUGAGAUCUUGGAUGGAUUUGUCAAAUGCUUUUAUGAGGCAGUACGAAUACAAUUGCGAGCUCGCUCCAACGAGGGCCACACUUGAGGGGACUAAAAGAAAACCAUCUGAGGACCACAAGACGUACGCGAAGAGAUGGAGGAAAUUGGCCGCUAAGGUGGAGCCUCCUAUGACCGAAAAUGAGAUUGCCGGAAAAAUUGUUAAUGUGUCAACAUUGAAGAUGCAACUAGAGGCUCUGCAAGACCAGAAUAACAGUGGGAAGAAAUCCCAAUUUAAAGGAAAAGAAGAGGAAACUGCUUUUGUUGGGGAUCAGGGCCCCUCGGCCAGACCUAGAUUUUCAAACCGCCUUGCUUAUUCGUCACCCUAUCCAUACUACCCAAACUCCCGUCCUAUCCACCAUACUACCAUUAACCAUUCUCGACCUCGACCAAAUUAUCCAAAUGUACUCAUACCACCCUUUCAAAAUCCUCAACCAAAUUUCCAAACUAGACCUCGCCCUCCUUUUAACCCAAGACCUAUUCCACCCCCUAGCCCAAAUUACCAACGAACCAGUGACACUCAAAAUUCAACGUCACACCGAACCUUCACCAAUCUAGGUCGGCCUGUUGACCAAUUAUAUGAGCAAUUGAAAGCUGUCGGGAAAAUUGGUGUUAUACCUCCUAAGAUCUAUUCUAAGCGCUUUCCUCCUGACUAUGACCCUCAAGCAGUCUGCGCUUAUCAUUCUGGAGCUCCCGGGCAUUCCACCAACGAUUGUCGGGCAUUGAAACAUAAAAUCCAGGAUAUGAUCGAAGUCGGAGAAAUAGUGCUAAGGAAAAAGGGUGAACAAGGACCGAGCAUAAAUACAAAUCCCUUUCCCGAACACAAGGACGUCUUUGAGAAAUUUGAUGGCAGCGAUCUCAUAAAUGUGAAUGUGAAUUUCAAAAAUGAGAUGAGUGGGAAAGAGGCAUCUGAAAAUGUUUCAAAGAGGCCCGAAUGGAAUAAAAGAAGUCCAAGCCGAAUCGGGAUCAAGAUUAGGCAUAAGAAGCAAUUGAACACAGUCCAUCGUGGUCAAUAUGAUCAAGAGGAUUGGUCUGUGAUUACCACUAAAGGGUCAAAUCAUGACCAUUCAGACGAGAAGGCAAAGCAUUAA